AUGAUGAACAUGCCGUCGUCAUUGGUUAGUGGAUUACUGUUGGCGGCGAUUUGGAUUGGAAUCGCUGAAUCAGCUGUCGCCAUUUUUCCGACAAAGUCGAAAAAUUACCACGUUAUUACGAGAAUACACAUUAACAAAUUUCAUAUCGGCGAAACCCUGAUUCUCGACCUCGGCAAAGAUGUGAAAGAAUGGAAACGAAUGCGGGACGGUCAAGAGGAGACAAUAAAGUAUUGUGCCGACGAGAAGGGCAAAGACUGCAAUGUUUGGUUGAACGCGGACCAUAAAACAGUGGGUGACGGACGCGAGCAUAUAUUUGACAACGGCACGUUGAUCAUUGAAAAUUUCCAAACCAGCGACUCCGGAGACUAUUAUACUGAUGAUGAACUGCAAAGAAUUCAUUACACGGCAGAUGGUCAUGUCUGGCAAUUGGCUCGAACAAAGAUAUCUGUGGUGCCGAUCUAA